GACAAUCAUUCACCCACUCCAAAGCAACCUCAGCAGAGAGAUCACACGGUCAAGCUCACAAAGAUCCAGCAUGGAUGAAGUCAAGUCCGGACAGAGGAAGAUCAGGGAUGAAGGCUCCAGAGACCUGUCCUCAGAGACAGUUCAGAAGCUGAUUCUUCAGUCUCAGGAGGCAAAGAAGAAAGCGUACUGUCCUUACAGCCAGUUCAGAGUGGGAGCUGCUCUGCUCACCGUCGACAACGUGGUCUUCACAGGCUGCAACGUGGAGAAUGCAUGCUACAACCUGGGAAUAUGUGCCGAGAGAGUUGCCAUAUCUAAGGCCGUUUCAGAAGGAUACAAGAACUUCAAGGCCAUUGCAGUCGCCAGUGACGUGAAGGAUCACAUGGUCUCCCCGUGUGGAGGCUGCAGACAGUUCAUAAGAGAGUUUGGGACAGACUGGGACGUUUACCUCUCCCACCCUGACGGAACUUACCGAAAGAUGACGGUGGAGGAGCUGCUGCCGUUUUCUUUUGGCCCUGAAGAUUUGUCCAAAAAGAGAGUAGCUCACUAAAUGUGAAAUAAACGUUGCUGCGCUUCCUGCAAAUUAGUGUUUAGAUUUAAAAGAAUUUCAGAAAACACUUAAUAAACAGGUUAUUUAGUCACAAAAAAAUCCUCCUUUACAUGGAUGAAAAUAUUUAUUGAUACAAUAAAGGAAAAUGAGGUUUGAAUCUUUUAAUAAAUAAACAGUUUUAAAAAGCA